AAACAGGUUUGAACAGCUCACAGUUGCCCUGACACGCACACACGGACACAGCACUCACUGCAACUCCGUAUAAUAAACAUUUCUAUUGUUUUCUUUAAUGUCGUUAUAUUCGUUCAUGAUCCGCGGAACACCAUUUAAAGUUCCCACCGUACUUUCCUAAAAGUUUUGACCGGAGUAAAAUCCCAUUUGGACAGAUAAACCAACAAAGAGCGUCUGGGGAGGACAGUGCGCUGGCGCGCCAGCUGGCAGCGAGGAGAAACCGCAGAAGAUGGCCGUGCGCGCUGCCUCCGCGCUUCUCCUGCUCGCCUCGUUGGGAAUAUUGGGAAUAAACGGACAGUACGGGGACCGUGGCAUGUCGGUACCGGAGCACGGCUUCUGUCAGCCCAUUUCCAUCCCGCUCUGCACGGAUAUCGCCUACAACGAGACCAUCAUGCCCAACCUGCUCGGGCACACGAACCAGGAGGACGCGGGGCUGGAGGUGCACCAGUUUUACCCGCUCGUAAAAGUCCAGUGCUCCCCGGACCUCAAGUUCUUUCUUUGCUCCAUGUACGCGCCGGUGUGCACGGUUCUGGAGCAGGCGCUGCCGCCGUGUCGCUCGCUGUGCGAACGCGCGCGUCAGGGCUGCGAGGCGCUCAUGAACAAAUUCGGGUUCCAGUGGCCCGACAGUCUCGCGUGCGAGUCGUUCCCGGUGCACGGCGGAGAGCUUUGCGUGGGUCAGAACACAUCCGAGAGGAGCGCGCCUAUCAACCCGACUCCCGACAUGACUCUAACGACACCCGACCACGCCAAAAGGGGGCAUUUUAUGUGCCCGACAUCGCUAAAAGUGCCCCCCUACCUCAACUAUCGCUUUCUGGGCGAGGAGAACUGCGGCGCGCCGUGCGAACCCAAUAAACUCCACGGGAUGAUGUACUUCGACGAGGACGAGCAGAGGUUUGCGCGGAUUUGGAUCGGGAUUUGGUCCGUUUUGUGUUGCGCAUCCACUCUAUUCACGGUUCUGACCUAUUUGGUGGACAUGAAGCGCUUCAGUUACCCGGAGAGACCCAUUAUAUUCCUGUCCGGGUGUUACACCAUGGUGUCCAUCGCGUACAUCGCAGGAUUUCUCCUGGAAGACAAAGUGGUUUGCAACGAGAAGUUCGACAACGAGUUUAGGACCGUGGUGCAGGGCACUAAAAAGGAGGGUUGCACCAUUCUGUUCAUGAUGCUGUACUUUUUCAGCAUGGCCAGCUCCAUUUGGUGGGUCAUCUUGGCGCUUACGUGGUUCCUCGCCGCUGGCAUGAAAUGGGGCCACGAAGCCAUCGAAGCCAACUCGCAGUAUUUCCACCUGGCGGCGUGGGCAGUGCCAGCCAUCAAGACCAUCACCAUCCUGGCCGUGGGUCAAGUGGAUGGAGAUGUUCUGAGCGGGGUGUGCUUCGUGGGCAUCAACAGCGUGGACGCGCUCCGAGGCUUCGUCCUGGCACCGUUAUUCGUGUACCUGUUCAUCGGCACCUCGUUCCUCCUGGCGGGGUUCGUGUCGCUGUUCCGCAUCAGAACCAUCAUGAAACACGAUGGCACCAAAACCGAGAAGCUGGAGAAGCUGAUGGUGCGCAUUGGCAUCUUUAGUGUCCUGUACACGGUGCCAGCCACCAUCGUGAUCGCAUGUUAUUUCUACGAACAGGCCUUCCGGGACCAAUGGGAACAGACUUGGGCCAGUCAGUCGUGCAAGACGUACGCCGUGCCCUGUCCCGCACACAACCCGCACAUGAGCCCGGACUUCACGGUGUUCAUGAUCAAGUAUCUGAUGACCCUAAUCGUGGGCAUCACGUCCGGGUUCUGGAUAUGGUCCGGGAAAACGCUUAAUUCCUGGAGGAGGUUCUACACGAGACUGGCGAGCAGUAAACAGGGCGAGACAACCGUGUGAAUUAUUUUUUAAAUCACUUUUUCAUGCUGUAAAUAAACAUUGUGAUUUUUUUAAUUAUAUAUUUGUUUUUAAAUCUCACUUGGGUCUUAAUCACUUCUGUUUUCUUUAAUCAAAGUACUUUUGGGGGGGUCGGACUAUGUUGUUUUGGAGAUUAUCCCGCCUUUUAAACGGGAAAUGGAGAUUUAUCUUGGAAUAUUCUUAGUGGGAUACUUUUUAAAUGCCACCUGUGUGUGGCUUGUAUGUAAAACUGUAUCUUUUAAUCACCGUCAGUUUUUCCAUGGGCAAAUAUUUUAAAAAAUGUCAAAUACGCAAAUAAUGCGUAAAUUGUGUGCACAGCACUUAUAAUCCCGGGCAUUUGCGGAACUAUGCUGAUUUCAACUAAAAAUAAUUUUGUCUCAUCCCUCCAUUAAAAAGAAAGAAAAAGGAAAAAAAGAAGUGAAAAUGUGUGAUCCAGUGAGGCACUUACAACGGAAGUCAAUGGGGCCAAUUUUUAGACUUUUCCGUCUUUUUAUUAAAGGCGGAAAAGUGACGUUUAUAAUUUAAUAAAAGCACUUACACGAAUUCCUCUGUUAAAACUCACGUGUUAUUUGAGCUUGUGUAUUAUGCUCAUAAACAUACAAUUUUAUCCAUUACCCAAAUUUUGGGUUUCAUUGUAAACACCGUCAGCGUUGCAGGACUGGUGCCGAAUAUUGACCCCCUAGUAAGAUCCAAUCAGGUAGAGGGGAAUCUGGCGGGAGUCAGAUUUCAGCACUUAUCCAAUGUGCUUUAUGCACCUUUACAUUUUGACGUUAAAAAUGGAAUAACCUGUUGAUCUCAUGAUACGCAGUUUUCUUGCGCUGUCUAAUGGUAGUAAUAAUAAUAAUAACUAGAUAGGUACAUUUCCUGAAGAAAAUGUGAGUGGUGCUUGCCGUGGCAAAACUCGUCAAAUAACAUUUUAUAACUUGUCGCUAAGCACUAAAAUAAUGGUAGUAGAAUGCUGUUCGUAUGUGUUUUUCAUGAUGGUAGCAUGUAGGUGUUAUGUUUAUGUUAGCAUGAUGUUAGCAUGUUUUUAGAAUGUUUUAACACUUCGCUAGGUGAUGCUAGCAUGUGUUAGCAUGAUACUAGCAUGUUUUAGCACUUCGCUAGGCGAUGCUAGAAUGUGUUAGCAGGAUGCUAGCAUGUUUUUAGCAUGUUUUAAAACUUCACUAGGCAAUGCUAACAUGUGUUAGCAUGAUGUUAGCAUGUUUUUAGCAUGUUUUAGCACUCCGCUAGGCGAUGCUAACAUGUGUUAACACGUUUUUAUCAUGUUUUAACACUUCGCUAGGCGAUGCUAGCAUGUGUUAACAUGAUGCUAGCACGUUUUUAGCAUGUUUUAUCACUUUGCUAGGCGAUGCUAGCUUGUGUUAGCAUGAGGCUAGCACGUUUUUAGCAUGUUUUAACACUUCGCUAGGCGACGCUAGCAUGUCUUAGCAUGAUACUGGCAUGUUUUUAGCAUGUUUUAGUACUUCGCUAGGUGAUGCUAACAUGUGUUAACAUGAUGCUAAUAUGUUUUUAGCAUGUUUUAUCACUUCGCUAGGCGAUGCUAGCAUGUCUUAGCAUGUUGCUAGCAUGUUUUUAGCAUGUUUUAGCACUUCGCUAGGUGAUGCUAGCAUGUGUUAGCAUGAUGCUAGCACGUUUUUAGCAUGUUUUAAAUUUACAUUUCUGAACAUUCCGCAAUGUUAAGUCAAUGGGACUUUUUUGGCCACUUUUUCGUCCGCUGUGCGAACAUCGUACACCCGAUCGCUUAGAAAAGUCAUAGCACACGUGUCCUCAAUAGGCCGUUCGAUUUGACACCUCAUUCGUGGGUCUACGCCAAACGGUGCGGGACGAGUUAGGUGCCGAAUUUUGUACGGAAGAAUAAUAAUAAGUAUAUGAGAUUACAAUAGUGUUGCUUUGCAAGCACCACUAAUAAUAAUAAAUGUCAUUGCACACAUUGGUGAUUGGUGAACAUGCUCGAUAAAUGUGCUGUGAAAAUUGGGAUGGAACUUCAUCACGUCAGCAUCGUCAUUGACUUCUAUUGCAUGUGAGCGGUGAUAUCGAUUAUCGAUAUGAAUGAGCGGUUAAUAGAGGCGUUCCUUGUGCCAAACUCUAACAAAGGAUAAAAAACAACGCUCAAAUAUUUCCUGAAAUUCUCUCAUAAACAAAUUCUCUACUAACUUAUCUUUUUAUAAGUUAUAAGAGUUUAUAGCGUUACGUUGUCAUGGCAACGAAGUUGUUAAAUUGGAUAAAUAACUUUACACUGAUUCGUAAGUGAUUUAAUCGCACUAAAAUCAAAUGAACGCACAUAUUGUUUAUGACUUUUGAAACAGAGUAUUUUAACGUUUACGGAUUAAACCCCAUUGACUUCUAUUGUAAGUGCCUCACUGGAACACACAUUUGAGCCAUUGUAUUGUAUUGUAAGAAAAGGAGGGGUGAGUUGAAAUCGUGUUUUUGUGGUUAAAUGCUGUCGGUUGAGCUUAGCUUGAUUUGAACCCUGAAUAUUCCUUUAAGCUUUAAAUUAAAGCUUUAUGGCAAAGAUUUGUCAUGAUGAAAAAAUGUUUCAUGAUGAAAUAUUGAACUGGAAAAUUGUAUGGCGGGUGAGACUUUAAUAUGGAAGAUGGAGCUAGAACAAAGCCAUAAGUACCCGUGGUUGGCAUUGCCGGUGUGCACGGCGGAGUGAACAAAAGUGCCUUUUUCAUUUUGGAAGAUAACUUAAAUUAACCAGCAUUACGGUUGGACCUGCUCUUGCUUCUAACUAAACGAAAUGUCAUUUAUAAAGAUUUUUAGUUAAUUUCCUUCAGUGUGUGAUGAACUUUGUUGAUGUUUCUCAUGAAUCUUUUGCACAAGAAGUACCUCGAACAUACAGCUCAAACAGACUGUGUUUGUAAUGCACUUCUCUGUUGGUAAUAACUAUGUAUCAGCCACGCUAAUCGGCUAAUAUUUGGCCAUUGUGUGAUUAUCGCCAUCGGCCGAUAACCGUGUUCGCUUGAGCGAUUUACAGAUGUGUUAACUUUUAUCAAUAGAUUUAUCAAUGGAUAGUCGACACUUUCUGUUAUCAAGGUAUUUUCUUUUCAACUUUAUGCAAAUUUGAUUAAAUAGAAAAUUA